CAAGCGACGCGUUCAUCAGCACCUAGGGAAAUUUCGGCACAACGCCAGGGAAAUACGUUUGCUCUCCGACACUGUGCUGCUGCUGUGCCGCCAUUCUGACCUCCAACGUUGUCCCGACGUCUCUCUUGCAGGUUUGGCGCAAUUAAGCCUAACCAGCAGUCGGCCAGAUUGUUAGAUCGCCGCUUCAGGAAUACGGUUUGGGGCGUACGAACCGAAGGCUGCAUUCCAUCGUGUGCGUCCAGGUUUCGCAUCCGGCAGAUCGACCAUCAGGAAGCACAGCAGUGGUAUGUCCUGCUGAGACACGGGGUGAAGUGAUCGCAGCGGCCGUGGUGUGUGCGCGUGAGGGAUGAAAACGCAGGAGAGCUCACCCAGCAGAAGCAGCAAGCGGUCCAUGGCGCGCUACGACGACAGCCCUCGUGGCAACCAAGACCGACGCGACCGGCGCAACAAGUCGCCCGCCGAGCACCGGCGCCGAGUGCGCGACACAUCGGCCGACCGGGUGCCGCCGUACGACGAGUACCGCCGUACGAUGCAGUACAAGGUGCUGCUAGCCACCAACUUCAGCAACAAAUACAGCGACACCGAGGUCCGCGACGAACUGGCCGUCGCGUUCCGGCGCUACGGCAACGUCACAAUCAAGGUGUCCCAAGAGGGCGGCGAGCGCGUCGCCUACCUGCACUUCGCCACGUACGAGGAUGCCAAGUCUGCGCUGCACACCAAGCAUCGCAUGCCGGUCUGCGACCGGCCCCUCCAACUGGAACCAAUGCCUCGGCACCGGCAGCGCAGCCAGAGCCCGCAGCCCGACUACCACCACCUGUCGCCCCCGGUGCCUCGGCGCAUGCGACUCGAGCACCACCGGUUGCAGCCGCCACCGCCACCGCCACCGCCACUGCCGCCGCCGCCGCCCGUGCAGCCGCCGCUGGACAUGCGGCCCAUCGACCGGCCCUUCCCGCCCCGCUUCCGCCGGGACGAGACGAAGAAGGAAAAGUUCCCGAACUACCUGCACCACGUGCCCCCCGAAGACGACGACAAAGCGACGCGCACCCUGUUUGUGGGCAACCUCGAGGUGCCCAUCACGGAGCCCGACCUGCGCCGCAUAUUCGCGCGCUACGGGGUGGUCGAGGACAUCGACAUCAAGCGGCCGCCGCCCGGGCAGGGCAAUGCGUACGCCUUCAUCAAGUUCGUCAACCUAGACAUGGCUCACCGUGCCAAGGUGGAGAUGUCGGGCCAAUACAUCGGCAAGUUCCAGUGCAAGAUUGGCUAUGGUAAAGCCACACCGUCGACGCGCAUUUGGGUGGGCGGUCUGGGCUCCUGGACCUCCAUGUCGGUGCUCGAGCGUGAGUUUGACCGAUUUGGCCUUAUCCGCAAGAUUGAGUACGUAAAGGGCGACUCGCACGCCUACAUCCAGUUCGACAGCAUAGACGCUGCAACGUCCGCCUGUCAGCAGAUGCGUGGUGCGCCCCUGGGAGGAGCCGACAAAAGGCUGCGGGUGGACUUUGCCCACCCGGACCCCACGGCAUAUGCGGCCUACCCCGGUGCUGCGGAGCCAUUCCGGGCACCGGCGGACUAUGCAGACCCCAGUUGGCCAGGUAGGUACGAUGACCGGCGCUGGGAGGCAUCGUACGUGUCUGUGCCCCCACCUCCAGGCAGCUGGCGGCCCCGAAGCCCUCCGAGCCCCUCCUCAGCGUCAGUGAAGCAGCGCGAGAAUGGCACGGCCCAGAGUGCCACCACCUUGCAGGAACUGGCAUGUGGGCGCACAGUGUGGCAGGGGCUGCUGGUACUCAAGAGCAAUGCCUUUCCCGCACGCAUGGUGCUCUGCACUGCGGAGCCAGCCAUAACCAUGCUGGGCAGUGACCAGACACUGCGAAUCACUCAGCGGCUGCGACUGGAUGCCGGCAAGCUGGCCGAGGUAGACCGGCGGUUAUCGCAAGGCCUGUGCUCCAUCCUGGUAGCUCUGGGUCGCGAAAGCCAAGAGGCCAGUCACCCAGUGCUCCAGAAUCUGGUCAGCUACCUCAAGCAGAAGAAUGCGGCAGGUGUCAUUACCGUACCUAAGGGCAUCGUGUACGCCUUUCCACCGUGUGACUUUGCCCUCAAGGUGCUGCACAGGGCCUGCCCAAACAUAAAGGGCUUGGAUGAGGACCACAUCUUGGUGGUUGCAGCACCGAACCCUGACAAAUAGCCCCCCUCCCCCCAUCCCAUUUUUCUCUCCUAAGCAUAUAAAAUAAACUCCGCCAUUUGUGGUGAAA